CCAUCAAGAAGUAAACAUCUGACAAGGACACAAAUAUAUAGAUAGCAGAGCCUUUUCAUCUACUGAGAAAUGAAGUCGUUUCUGGGACUAGUUAAUAUUGCCUACACAAUUCUAUUGCUCGUUUUGCUGACUAAAUUCACAGCUGCAGAAGUGGAACACGAUAAGAUCCGACGAGGUGCCAACAUGGGUCUCUAUGCCUUCCCACGUGUGGGACGCAGCGAUCCGAGUCUAGUGAACAGCCUGCACGAUGCCAGCGAUGCGGUUACCUAUGAGAAUAUUUACGGCAUGGGUGACGCCUCCGCCGAAGAUUUCGAAGAUUACCAAAAGCGACCCGGCUUGGUGGCCUUUCCUCGCAUGGGACGUAGCGAAUCCGAGCUGAGAAAGUGGGCCCACUUGCUGGCCUUGCAGCAGGCGCUGGACAAGCGCACUGGACCCAGCGCCUCGUCUGGCUUGUGGUUCGGACCACGUCUGGGCAAGCGUAGCAUCAAUGCCAAGGACUACCCCGCCGCCGGCAAGGGCCAAAAGGAAAUGUACUAAACGACAUGAAAGCCAAGCGCCUCCGAAGGAAACAACAAUUCGCACUUGAACACACUAAUUUGCCAACAAUUUAUAAUUUACGCAAUUAAUUAGCUUAUAAUUAAAGCUCCAAUGAGAUCGACAAAACAACGGAAUAUUCUAAUGGGUAUAUAACAAACGAGUAAACAUAACACGAACUAACAACGGGCUGGUGAGGGCAUGCACUAUCGGUAAAAUUAGUUUCAAUUUGAUUUACAAGACCUCCGAAAAGCAUUCACGUAUGUAAAUAGUAUAUGUGUCUAAAAAUCUAAAUUAAUAUUAAAUAAAUAAAUAUCUGAAAAGCAGU